CACAUCAAAAUGGCCGCAUUUUAGUCUACAGACGAUUUUUCUUUACUGUUUGCCAAUAGCCGCAUAAAGGGCCUGGCAGUGUUCUCUAAAGUGGCAGAUCUGUUUCGCCGGAAAUUUCGCUGCUGAAUACUUUGAAAAUUUUCGUGAAAUAGAACAAACUUCGGUUUUGCAUAUUUUUUUACAUGAUGUUAGGUCAUCAACAUCACACAAUGCAAAAUCAACUUCGAGAUCACAACAGAAUGGGUGGUCCGAUGCGUCCCAUGCAGCAGGCAAAUAUGGCCCCUUUACAUCAGCCUCAGCAUCCGUUACCGCAUCGGAAUCCACAUCAACAAAUACUGUCCAUGCCCCCCCAUCAACAACAUAUUCAUCAUAUGCAACAUCCCCCUGGACCACCACAUGGAAAUCCAAGACAACCAAUGUUGAUGGGCAUGAAUGCACAUAAUACAAAUGGCACCAUGGUUAGUGUCAGUCUAAAAGAUCAAGCAAAUACUGUCUCUGUGACUCUACAAAAUCCAAAUGUACAACAACCACAGUAUCCACAACAACAAAAUCCUCCUCCGCAGCAACACAUCCAACAACCACAAAGUAUAGAACCAAAUAAACAAACCACUAAUGAGACAAAUAGUGGAGAGUCCAGAGAUCAAAGUCCACCUACUCAAAAUCACGUUAACGUGACUAAUUCAGCUUUGGCAAACAUGAAAGAAAAAACACCAAUGUGCUUAUUGAAUGAGUUAGCACGUUUUAAUAAGAUUCAGCACCAAUAUAGGUUGACUAAUGAACAAGGACCAGCGCACAAAAAACGAUUUACGGUAACACUGAAGCUCGGAGAUGAGGAAUAUGUUGCUGAAGGUCCGGCCAUAAAAAAAGCUCAGCAUAGCGCUGCAAAUGAAGCAUUGACAAAGACCUGGUAUCGACGGCCUCCACCGAAACCUACAAAGGCAAUGAGAGUUGGGCAUCUGGGAAAAUGUUUCAGUGGUCCUGGUAAUCUGCCACCAACUGUUGAAUUAAAUGCUUUGGCUAUGAAGAGAGGUGAAGCUACUGUCUAUACUUUUAGACAAGCUCCACCACCAGAAAUACAGCGAUAUUUUAAUGGUUUACUACAGAUCCCUCCAGUAUUCAAAUAUCCACGUUAUCCUACGUAUGGUCGUGGUUUCCACACGGAACCUCCGUGGUAUCUCGUAUCUUUGAAGGUAGGAAAACGUGAAUUUAUUGGUAGAGGUUUAACAGGACAAGCAGCACGGCAUGAUGCAGCCAGGGAAGCUUUAGAAGAAUUGCGCCAAUUGCCAUUACCAGAACAAGUAGCAACUAAUUGUCACACCGGUGAAAACGGUACAUUAACUGAAACUAAAGAUCCGAUUGCCGAAUUAAAGAGUCCUGUGUCAUUAGUUUACGAAAAAGCAUUAAAACGUGGCUUACCUGUUAGUUUUGAAGUUGUAUCGGAAUUUGGUAAGCCUCAUAUUCGAACAUUCGGUACAAAAUGCACUGUUGGAGAUAAAUUUACACUAGGAGAAGGACCUUCGAAAAAAGUAUCGAAAAGACACGCAGCGGAAUACAUGUUAGAAGAACUCAAUCGUCUGCCUCCAUUGCCCGAAACUAUUCAUAGUCGUUUGGGGCGUGUGAAACGCAAACCACCAGCAACGAAGAAGAAGUCACGGAACCUUAUAAAAGUUUAUCAAGAACCACGAUCUGGAUCUGACGCUGCGGACGAACUUAACCCAGUUUCACGACUGAUUCAAAUACAGCAAGCUAAACGAGAGAAAGACCCGACUUAUACCUUGAUCGAAGAAAAGGGUGUACCAAGACGAAGAGAAUUCGUUAUGGAGGUUACUAUGGGACAACAUUCUGCUCAAGGAAUGGGUUCUAAUAAAAAGAUAGCUAAAAGAGCUGCAGCAGAAGCCCUUUUAGCGCAACUAGGUUACAGUAAGCCCCAACCACAACCUACGAAGCCAUCGAUUAAAACGGGAGAAAGUGAAAAUACUGAACAAAAGCCUAGGAAAGUCACUUUCUUGGAAGAUGAACAGAUUAAUGAAACUCAAUCUCAUGCACCAGUUGGAGGAACUAUUGGACGUCAGUUAGUACCUGGACUUUUAUUAGUGGACGGAGGACAGGAAUCUAAAUUAGGUAGCGGACCUAGUGUACAAAUUGUUGCUGAAGAACUACGAGGACAACAGCAACAAAACCCAGCCACUGUUUCUCCCAAAGAUCAAUUGAAAUAUCUCUCUCAGCUAUUUAAUUUCAGUGUGGAAUUCAAUGAUUUUCCUAAGGGAGCAGUAAAUAAAGAAUAUCUAUCGCUUGUAACAUUAAGUACAGAUCCACCACAAGUUUGUCAUGGCAAUGGACCGACGAGAACAGCGAGCCGUAACCAAGCAGCAUUGAAAGCUCUACGUACUUUAAGUAAGCUGGGUCUUGAUAAUGCAUCCAACUCACAAACAAAAAAAGAUAAAGUUGUUGAAUGAACUAAUCGGAGGGAAAAUGACUCUUCUCAAUCUAUCUCUCUGGGCCUUAUUACACGGUAACUUCAAACAUUCAAUCACCGAUGACUCUCGAUCUUCAUACAUUACGCCAUUGCUUCUUUAACUUAACGGAUCGCGGAUUUUGAAGAUCAAUAGCUUUUUAUGAAGGAUCAAUCUUUUGCAGUGCCUUAAUCGCAUGAAGAAAUAGCUCAAGCACCAAUAAAUGAUGAACCACUAAUGUAACAGAAAUGCCUUUUCUUUCCUCUAAGAACCGAUCGAUCGCAGCAGCCUUUAAUAGAUUUCUGCGACGACUACAAGUAUGGUACAAAGCGUAGAACUUGCUUAUAUGAUUUGAGUAUAUAAUUUAACUCGUUUUUCUACGCUUAAAAGGUAUAGUAGCGUCUUGAGAUAAGAGGUAUUAUUGGUGCUUGAUCAAGAUUGUGAUCCUAACAGUGGUCGACGAUUCUAUUAUAUUUAUUAUAACAAUUUCAUUGAUAGGACCACAAUCAAUGAAACAAAUUGUUUAGACAUCGUAACUGAAAUGGUCAUUUUCCAGAGAGUCAUGGUUUAUGAUCAUGAGAAAACAUUAUAGGAAUGUUAAGUGAAAAAAAUAUUGAAAUCUGAGAUAAAAUGCGGCCAUCUCUUAAUUUCUCUAUUUAAUCCUUGGCUUUCUCAUUCUCCGCGAAUAAAAAUGUCUGUUAUGUCUUAUUACCUAAUACGA